AUGGCAAAUCUGUCAGUUGAACAAGUCGAAGCUUUGAGCCCAACUGAGCUUGUUAAUUAUUUAAACCUCAAUAAGGAUGGGUUAUUUCUCAGGGAUGAUCAUAUUAAAACCCUUGAAAGCCUAGAACUUGCUGGUUCAAAUUUUCUCAAGUUGACUACACAAAAGCUUACCAAUCAUCCUUAUAACUUUCCAGAAGGUCCAGUAGAAAGAAUUCAAGAUUUCAUCUCUCGAUUGAAUAGUCAAAGGCUUCUAAAUUUAGAAGAAUAUUUAUCAAAUACUAUUCCAUAUAUCAUAUAUUCCCCGCAUGGUACUAUGAGUAGAUCUUCUACAAAGGUAUCAGGAGAUUUUCCGACUGAAGUGAGACUUUGGGGUGAAUUUUUUAAUAAUGUGAAUAGUCAUACAUUUGAUCAAGAAAAAAAAUUCCAAAGACCAACAUUUGUUAACAAUUUCAUUAAAACAUACACUACCCUCCCAAAAGUAUCCGGUCAACCAAUAAAGAUCAUAUUUUAUUAA